AGAGUGUAAAAAGACAAAGGGUAAAAGAAAGGUAUUUGUCAAGCGUCGCUUCUUGGCUUCCACAUGCGCGUCCGUCGCCAUUCUAAAUCAGACAGCUGUGGCUUUCCUUCUCUCCUCUUCUAUAUAAUCCCAGAUAUUUAUCAAUUGAAGGAAGGAUCUUGAAGAAGCAGUUUCAUACUCACUCACUCAAAUUCGCAUUUCGAUACAAAAAAAGGUUUUCGCUCCUCCCAAGCUGAAACUAUAAAGGGCCUCUCCUUUGCUCGCUCGCAUAUUCCUAUCUAUUUUUAGAAUUCCCAUUUCCUUCUUUGCCCAAUUUGGUUCCUGAGACAUCCCCCUAAAUUGGUGGGUCUCUUUCUUUGAAUCUUUGAAGAAGAAAUAUUCAAUUUCUUUCCUUUCUUCUACACGUAGCGAAAGUUUGCCUAGCAAGCGACCAUGGGUCUCUUUCUCUCAAGAAAUAUUGCAGAUUUUGUUUUCUCUUCUCCUCUUUUCUCUAAGAAAAAUGGUGGGAAUUUCAUUCCCUUGCAAAUUGAGGACGUGGUUUCCUUGGUGUCCCGGACGGGAAGGCAUAUGCAGCGCUAUGAUGAAGGUUAUCGCCAAGUUGUAGGAUGCAUACCAUACAGAUUUAGGAAAACCGAACGAUCUUCAUCUCUUGAGGAAUUAGAAGUUCUUGUUAUUAGUUCACAGAAGGGUCAAGGAAUGUUGUUCCCAAAGGGAGGUUGGGAAAUUGAUGAGUCUAUCGAAGAAGCGGCUAAAAGAGAAACGCUAGAGGAAGCCGGUGUGGUUGGCCAUCUUGGAAGUAGAUUGGGUAUGUGGCGUUAUAAGAGCAAAAGCCAUGGCUUAAUUCAUGAGGGGUACAUGUUCCCUUUGCUCGUCCAGCAGCAACUGGACUUUUGGCCCGAGCAAAGUGCCAGAAAACGACAAUGGAUGUCUGUUGCCGAAGCUAGAGAAGCAUGUCAAAAUUGGUGGAUGAGGGAAGCUUUGGAGAAGUUAGUUUGUCGACAAAUGCACUCCCAACAGAAAGAAGAAGCAGAAGAAGAAACAAAAUGCACGUAGAAUUCCAUAGCUUUGGAGUCUGUUUUCUUCUUUUCAAAUUUUGGAGGACCAAACGGAUGUAGGCAGGGAGAAUUAGUAGUUUUAUUUGUCCAGAGAAAGCUCAGAUUAGGAAUGAGGAAGUCGAAUAGAACCUUCAUCUUGAGGUGUUUGUGGCCUUCACAGAAUCACAGUUGGGGGUGUUCCUCAUGUUUUGUUCCUGCCAUCGUUCCUUCUCGAGUUAACUCGUCACCAAAACGAGAGCUGAUUGCAAAACUGUACAAUGUAGUUGAAGAUCUUAGAGACAAAACAACUUGUACAUGUACAAAUUCCAUUCUUUCAAUUCAAUUUCAAUUGAUUCAUUCUUUUCUA